AUGAGAUUGUCAAUUCUUUCUUCAGGCUUUUUUGCAGCAGCAGCUCUGGCCCAAACUCAUGUUUUUAACUGGACCACCGGCUGGGGCACUGCCAACCCAGACGGCACCCACGAAAGGCCAGUGAUUACCUGUAACGGCCAAUUUCCAUGGCCUGAUAUCAGAGUCCAGAAGGGCGACCGGGUCGAGGUCUAUUUGACCAAUGGUUUUGACGAUGCUAAUACUACUCUUCACUUCCACGGUUUGUUCCAGCACGGGUCGACUCAGAUGGACGGUCCGCCGCUGGUCAGCCAGUGUCCGAUUGCUCCUGGUGACACUAUGUUGUACAACUUUACGGUUCCUGACCAGGUUGGUUCUUACUGGUACCACUCUCACACGGAAGGUCAGUAUAUGGACGGUAUGAGAGGUGCUUUUAUCAUUGAGGACCCUGAUAUGCCAUACGACUACGACGAGGAAGUCAUACUCACUGUCUCUGAGUGGUACCACGAUCUCGUUAGCACUAUGAUUCCCGACUUCUUGAGCGUCUACAAUCCAACUGGUGCAGAGCCAAUUCCUCAGAAUCUGCUCAUGAAUAACACCAGAAAUAACACCUGGAAAGUGGAACCUAACAAGACAUACUAUGUUCGUCUGAUCAACAUCGGUGGCUUUGUGUCUCAGUACCUGUACAUGCAGGACCACACGUUCACUGUCGUGGCAGUCGAUGGUGUCUAUGUGGAGCCGAACGAGACCAAUAUGAUCUACAUCACUGUCGCUCAGCGUUACGAUGUUCUGAUCACAACCAAGAAUGACACGUCCGAGAACUAUGCCUUCAUGCAGAUGUUCGACUCGACGAUGCUCGACGUUGUUCCUGACGAUCUGGUGCUGAACGCUACCAAUUAUAUUGUCUAUGACGAUAAUGCGGAUCUGCCAGACCAAUACAUUGUCGACUCGAUCGAUGACUUCCUUGAUGACUUCUACCUGGUUCCAUUGGUGAAAGAAGAGUUGUACGAGAGCUACGAUUACCAGAUCACCAUCGACGUUAUAAUGAACAAUUUGAACAAUGGUAUCAACUAUGCUUUCUUCAACAACAUCACCUACACUGCUCCAAAGGUCCCAACUCUCGGUAGUGUCAUGUCUGCCGGUGAGAACGCUACUAAUGCGUAUGUCUACGGUACGAACACCAACGCAUUCGUUUUGCAAAAGGACGAAAUCGUCGAAAUCGUGCUCAACAACCAGGAUACCGGUAAGCAUCCGUUCCACUUGCACGGUCACGUGUUCCAAGUUAUCGAGAGAGGUCCAGAGUUCCCGGACGACGCGCCUCAGGCUUACAACGAGUCUGCUCCGUACACUCCGCCUGAGCACCCAAUGGAAAGAGACGUGCUCUACGUGAAUCCAAACUCUUACUUCGUGAUCAGAUUCAAGGCCAACAACCCGGGUGUCUGGUAUUUCCACUGCCACAUCGAAUGGCACUUGAUCCAAGGUCUGGCUCUCACUUUGAUUGAGGAUCCUCUUGGAAUCCAGGCCAACGAGACUCUGACCGAAAACUGGAAGCAAGUCUGCCAAAACGUCAACAUGUCUUACACCGGUAAUGCUGCUGGCAACGACAACGACUUCUUCGACCUGACAGGUCAGAACGUCCAGGUUAAAGAUCUUCCGGCUGGAUUCACUGCCAGAGGUAUUGUGGCCCUGGUCUUCUCCUGUGUCAGUGGUGUUUUGGGUUGUAUUGUCAUUUUCUGGUACGGUAUGGCUGAUAUUCCAGACAUUGAAAAAAGAGUGCUUGCUGACCUUAAUCUUGACGAUAGGGCCUUCCUGGCGGCAGAGGAGGAGGAAGAAGAAGCUGCUGAGGCUGCUGGCUCUAGUGUCAAUGAUGGCCUUUCCAAAGAAGGAACUACCCGGGAGAUUACUAUUUCUCACUAG